UAUAUGCUUCCACUAGGUGAAAUUAUUCAUAAACAUGGCAUAAAAUUUCACUGCUAUGCAGAUGACACACAGCUGUAUAUAUCAGCCAAACCAAAUGAUACUGACACAAUCAGUAAGAUAGAAGAUUGUGUAAACGACAUAAAAAACUGGAUGUCGUGUAAUUUUCUUUUACUUAAUUCAGGUAAAACUGGGGUUUUACUUGUUGGCUCUAAAGCUGCAAGAGACAAGUUGUCUAACCUGGUGCUAAACCUAAACACUUUCUCUGUUACUCCCAGCCCAGAUGUAAAAAACUUGGGUGUCACAAUAGAUUCAGAUCUUUCAUUUGAUACACACGUUAAUAAUAUUACUAGAGUUGUUUUCUAUCAUUUGCGUAAUAUUUCUAAAAUAAGAAAUAUACUAUCUGUUAAUGACGCCGAAAAACUGAUCCAUGCGUUUAUAACUUCUCGGUUAGAUUAUUGUAAUGCUCUUCUCACUGGAUGCUCUGGUAGAUCCAUAAACAAACUCCAGUUAGUUCAAAAUGCAGCAGCUCGAGUGCUAACUAGAACUAAAAAAUUUGAUCAUAUUAGUCCUGUUCUAUCAUCUCUACACUGGAUGCCAGUUAAAUUCCGCAUUGAUUACAAAAUACUUUUACUAACCUAUAAAGCGCUACAUGGUCUGGCUCCACAGUAUCUGAGCGAGCUUAUUAAUCACUACAACCCAGCGCGUUCACUUCAUUCACAAGAUGCAGGAUUACUUAUAGUUCCUAAAAUUAAAAAGAUCACGGCUGGUGGAAGAGCGUUUUCUUACAAAGCUCCACAACUUUGGAAUAAUCUUCCUGCCUCUGUUCGGGAUUCGGACACAGUCUCAAUGUUUAAGUCUAGACUGAAAACAUAUUUAUUUUCUCAGAUUCCACAGAAUCACUCAUUGAAAAGUGUUUAUGACCUGUUGGAGGAGGAGAAAUUUGAAAUUUUCUUAGAAGUGACCUUGAACUGGAUGGGACAGUUUACAUCCAGCUGGUACGAAGUAACUGAGUCUCCACCUUCAGCACUCGAGAGGGACAUAUAUAUGUACUUGGUGAGCAUGCAGCAGCACCAGGCUUUACUGAUCACAACUUCUACAGCUAUGGCAGAUGAAAGCUUUAAGGCAGAAUUCCUUUCCGCACAUAACGAGUACAGGAAGAAUCACAGAGUUCCUAAUUUAACUCUGAGCAAAGAAUUGUGUGGUUCAGCACAGACUUGGGCUGAUUAUCUGCUGUCCAUUAAGACCUUGCAGCACAGUGACACCAAUCAUGGAGAAAACCUCUACUAUUUCAUGAGCUCCUCUCCUAAAAAGCUUACUGGUUGUAAUGAAUGA